GUGCAGUUCCCCUUGGGAGAUUUCCCGCACCUGCUGCGCAAGGGCCUGCUGCGGCGCAAAGACUGGCGCGCGGCAGACUUGCAAGCGCCCAAGGAGCGAUACUACGCCAUGUGGUAUGUGGACUGGGACGCAGUCAAGGGCGAAGUCUUCGACAGCCGCGCCAGCGCUGAGCGCAAGUUCCGGCAGUUCCUGGACGUCUACAAGGCGCUGGAGAGGAAAAUGCGAGUUUCAGGGCUCCUGGUGGAUGCGCGGUUUCGGGAGCUGGACUACUUCGGCAGCCGUGAGGAGGACGUGAUGAAUCAGUUCCGGCAGUGGUGGCAGCAGAACCAG